GUCUAUAUCUAUAUCAACGACAUUAUUAUCGCUAGUAAGAAUAUAAAGGAGUAUCUUAAGUAUAUCGAAACGGUUUUCGAUAUCCUCGACAAGGUAUAUAUUUAUAUUUCAGUAGAAAAAUCCUUUGUAGCCUACCCGUCAGUAAGACUUCUUAGCUAUAUAGUCAAUAGCGAAGGAGUAGCUAAGAUAGACGACAAGAUCGCUAUAUUUAAGAAACUUAAAUUCCUCGAUAUCCUCAAGACCUUAGAGUAA